UGACCAUAUCCUAACCGCAGGGCUUGUAUUUUAGAAAUGACUCAGCACUAACUUGGCUAGCUACUACAUAAAUAGCUCCCAGCUCUAGUAGCUCUAGCAGCCCAGUACUAAGACUCUAUACUAAACUCUGUUUAAACUUCCAAGCUAAAUCUAAAUUCGUCAUGGCAGACCAGCAGAAUAAAACCACCAGUACUGGUGGCUUGUCUGCACUGUUCAACAGGCCCAAGACUGAAUUUGUUGCUAAGCAGGGUGAGGAUAUUAGUAUCUCUCCACAACCCUCCGACCUCAUCUACAUCAGAAAGUGCAACCAGUGCAAGUUCCGUGUGCACAAGAAAGCAGCGAAAUGCAUCAUUGAAUCGUGCAGUGAUGUAAGGGUUGAGCUGGAGGACUUCCUCAUCUCAGGAACUCUGGUAAGAAAGAAACCUGUUUUAUUGUGGUGUUCUACACCUAAUAUCCCUAUGCAGGAAAUGAUAGACUGUACGUCUGUGACCAUUUCUAUCAACCCUCAAGACCCGCUACCCACAGUGUCAGCCGAGAGAAGUAGCGACAUCCACGUCUACUAUUACGACCCUCGGGCAUUCGGCUCUUUGUUCACGGUUGACUGCACCAACGUCUUCAUUCACUUUCAGCCCCCCCACAGAGAGGAGUAUAAGUUGGACCUCCCCUCGGAAAAGCUCGACCAGUUCGUCACUGAAAUGAGGGACAGCAAAAUGAUCAUCUCCAAGGUGAUUAGAGAGGGAUGUGGUCACGCUACUACUGUUGAGAAACAUAAGAUUGCUAUGAAGAAAGAAGAACAAAUGCAACGCCAGGUUGAAAGUUAUCUCACAAAGCUCAUCACAAUCAAACCAAAGUCAAGCGUAGCCCCUGAAGCCAAGCCACACAUCCAGGCUGCACCCCCUCAGGAAAAACCACAGCCUGAACAAAAUACUGAACCAGCAAAACCCAGCGACCACUGAUUCAAGCAUUCCACUGUAGUUGGAUUAGCAUAUUUUAAUAUAAGCCCAUUGGCAUUGUGAUUAGUGAUUAGUAUGACUGUAUUGCAGUACGAAUGUCUUGCCAAUGGCUGCUGUAAUUAAUGUUCUGACCUAUGUACAUUCAUGAUUCAUUCAUUGCAACAAUACCUUUAAUAACCACAAACCAUAAUUGGAAAUGU